AUGUUUGGUGUGCAAUCAGGGGCACAACAGAAGCAAGAGGGUGAGGUUGGGGCAGCGAACGUGAAUGCGCCGCGUACGUCGAAUCUUUUUGGCUCGAUUAUGUCAUCAUCAACCUCAAGCACCCAACAACAACAAUCAACACAGAAGACUUCUUCCAGCGAGAAUGCGUUGAACAAGCCACUUGCUGGUGCA